CUGACUCACACACUUGUCCACUCGUCUCCACAGCCAAAGUGGGGAAGACGUCUCUGAUCAUGUCAUUGGUCAGCGAGGAGUUCCCUGAUGACGUUCCCCUUCGAGCGGAGGAGAUCACCAUCCCAGCAGACGUAACGCCAGAGAGAGUCCCCACACACAUAGUGGACUACUCAGAAGCAGAACAGUCAGACGAGCAGUUGUAUCAAGAAAUAUCGAAGGCAAAUGUUAUUUGCAUAGUUUACUCAGUCAACAACAAGAAGUCCAUUGAGAAGGUGACAAGCCAUUGGAUUCCCCUCAUAAACGACAGGACGGACAAGGAUAGCAGGGUACCACUGAUCCUGGUGGGGAAUAAGUCAGACCUGGUAGAACACAGCAGUAUGGAGACCAUCCUGCCCAUCAUGAACCAGUACUCUGACAUUGAGACCUGCGUGGAGUGCUCUGCCAAAAACCUGAAGAACAUCUCAGAGCUGUUCUACUAUGCCCAGAAGGCAGUGCUCCACCCUACAGGACCCCUGUACUGCCCAGAGGAGAAGGAGAUGAAGCCGUCUUGUAUCAAGUCUCUAACUCGCAUCUUCAAAGUGUCGGACCUGGACAACGAUGGCAUCCUCAACGACAAAGAACUCAACUUCUUCCAGAGGACGUGUUUCAACAUGCCCCUGGCGCCCCAGGCCUUAGAGGAUGUCAAGAACGUGGUGAGGAAGAACAUGACGGACGGAGUCAAGGACAACGGACUCACGCUCAAAGGGUUCUUGUUCCUGCACACGCUUUUCAUCCAGAGGGGGCGUCACGAGACCACCUGGACGGUGCUGCGGAGGUUCGGGUACGACGACGACUUGGAGCUUCACCAGGAAUACCUGUUCCCCCUGCUAAAAAUACCUGCUGACUGCACCACCGAGCUCAACCACAACGCGUACCUCUUCCUCCAGAGUGUCUUUGACAAGCACGACAAAGACAGAGACUGUGCCUUGUCUCCAGAGGAAGUAAAGGACCUGUUCAAAGUGUUUCCCUACAUGCCCUGGGGUCCCGACGUCAACAACACAGUGUGUACCAACGACCAGGGCUGGAUCACCUACCAGGGUUACCUGUCACAGUGGACGUUAACGACGUACCUGGAUGUGCAGCGCUGCUUGGAGUACCUGGGCUACCUUGGCUACUCAAUCAUCUGUGAGCAGGAGUCCCAGGCAGCAGCCAUCACAGUGACCCGUAACAAGCGCAUCGACCUGCAGAAGAAGCAGACGCAGCGCAGCGUGUUCCGCUGCAACAUUCUGGGAGCCAGGGGGAGUGGCAAGACCAGCUUCCUGCAGGCCUUCCUGGGUCGCAACCUGCUGAAACAGCGGAACAUCAAAGAAGACCAUAAAUCGUUUUACUCCAUCAACACCACGUAUGUCUACGGCCAGGAGAAGUACUUACUGCUUCAUGAGGUGAUGCCAGACUUUGACUUCCUCUCAGAGGAGGACCUGGCGUGUGAUGUGGUCUGUCUGGUGUAUGACGUCAACAACCCACGCUCCUUUGAGUACUGUGCCAAGGUCUACAAGCAAUACUUCAUGGACAGCAAGACGCCGUGCAUGAUGAUCGCCUCCAAGUCGGACCUGCACGAGGCGCGCCAGCACUACAGCCUGACCCCGCUGGACUUCUGCCGCAAGAACAAGCUGCACCCGCCCCAACCCUGGACCUGCAACACAGUGGACGCCCCCAACAAAGACCUCUACACCAAACUCACCACCAUGGCCAUGUACCCCCACGCCAAGCUCCGCUGCAUGUGUACCUGCAACAGGUGCACCUUCUGCAUCUGUCAGAACAUCCUCCGGUCCCAGCUACUGACAAAUAUAAAGGCCAAAUUCUACAGUGUUGUUCUGAACAGGUUACAUGAUGUGGGCGCAUAUCUGUUGGCUGACGAGGAGUGCAGUCUGAUCCAGCAGGUUCACGCCAUCAAUAAUGUAGAGGAGUCUAUCUUCAUGGAGUCUUCUGUCCAGUCCUAUGAGCCCCAGGCCAGGCACAUGGCUCAGGCAGACCUGAAGAGCUCUACGUUUUGGCUAAGGGCAAGCGUGGGGGCAACUGUGUUUGCAGUCCUGGGCUUCGCUAUGUACAGAGCUAUCCUCAAACAACGAUGAUCAAGAUAGACACAGGAUGCAUGAGAUGACCCUUGACCCGCCCCCCACCGCCUAGUCUCUCCCCUUUGACCCCUCACCCCCUCCCUGAAAGAAAACAUGACCUCCAACAUCCCACAAUCCUCUUCCCCCCCUUCCCCCUAAAAGAGACAACUACUGAAUGAAACAGAACUUCCAGCCCAUCUGAACCAGCCCUGAUCCCACAUCCACCCUACCGGAGAGGGAACAAACCAGAGAAACCACAUCCACCCUACCGGAGAGGGAACAAACCAGAGAAACCACAUCCACCCUACCGGAGAGAGAACAAACCAGAGAAACCACAUCCACCCUACCGGAGAGGGAACAAACCAGAGAAACCACAUCCACCCUACCGGAGAGGGAACAAACCAGAGAAACCACAUCCACCCUACCGGAGAGGGAACAAACCAGAGAAACCACAUCCACCCUACCGGAGAGGGAACAAACCAGAGAUUGAUUUUAUAUAUUUGAAACAGAAAAAAGCGAGUCAUCUUUUGCAAACUGUGUUUUGUUUUUCUUGGGGGUUUUCUUUGGGGGGGAAAUGUCACCACAAACUCACAUUGUGUAUAUUGAACACCAUCUAAUCAAUCUACUGCAGGCAUUCUGGUAUCGUCUGAUCUGGUCUAGUCGUGGGUUUUUUCUUCUCCAGGUCAGAGGGUAGUAGUUGCUGGUUGUUUUGAAAUCUGUGUAGAACCCGGCCUUUUUUCUCAGGUCAGUAUUAUAGCUAGCUGGUUUGACCCCCAGAGCCCGAGAAAGCAAAGAAGGCAGCCGCAUACAACUCACUACAAAAGGGACUGAAAAUAUUUGUUUAUAGAUGUGUGUGUAUAUAUAAACAUAUAUAUAUUUGCUCGGGUACUUAGAGAAAUACCCAACCAGAUUACGGCGUGAACAAAGCUUGCCAGUGAAUAAAGUGAGCCUACAGGAAUAACUGCAAAGUCAAAGCCAUUUUUAACGUUGAAAAGGUCAUGGGUUUCGCGCACGCGUUUCAAUUGCUAUUAAUUUAUUAACCUGUAUUCUUUGGUUUAUCUGUUUGGAAUGGUUUGUUCAGCAUUGCACGAAACAGACACACUUCAAGAGGAUAAUGCAUUUAUUUUCCAUGUGUUUUUGUAUAUCUAGUAUUAUCAAAGCCGUUAAUAAUGACAUCCAUCAUUCACUUACUCUGAAAGACAAGACGACAACAUUAUCAUGUCUGUAUCUGCUUUUUCCUCCACUUGUUUUUUUUCUUUUUUCCUUUCAUAUUAUGAUUCUAUUUUUAUGUUCAACUAUUAUGCCUACAGAUUACACUGUUAUUAACAGCCAUGCAGUGUACCUCUGACUCCCUCCUUGAACCAUGGACGGAACUGUUUAUUCUCAUCAUUGACUUUUCCAAAAUUUACAAUAAAGAACUGUGUGAUCUGA